AUGCUUAUGCCUAACCCUUCUCAGCAACUAUUGCCAAUGACAUUAACAACAAAUAUUAACAAUAACAAUACAUCAUCCACACCCGGACUUUCUCCAUUAUCGAGUCCACCUGCAACACAAACAGAUCAAUCGUUAACAGAUAAUCCAGAAUAUUUAGCACAAUUAUUAAAAGAUAAAAGACAAUUAGCAGCAGUACCAAAUAUGUUUACUCAUAUUGAACGAUUGCUCGAUCAAGAAAUAAACAAAGUACGUGUAAAUCUAUUCAAUCUAAGCACCAGACCAAAAAUGGAAUUACCCGAUCCGUUAGGGGAAAAAAAAAUAUUUCAAGAAAAAGUAUUUAUACCAGUUCAACAGCAUCCCGAGGCGUCAAUUAUGUUUUUAAAUGGUAAGUUUAAUUUUGUGGGAAGGAUAUUGGGUCCUCGUGGCAUGACAGCAAAACAAUUAGAAACAGAUACUGGAUGUAAAAUAAUGGUGCGAGGACGCGGCUCAAUGAGAGAUAAACAUAAAGAAGAACAAAAUCGUGGCAAACCAAAUUGGGAACAUUUGGAUGAAGAACUUCACGUUUUGAUACAAUGUGAAGAUCAUGAAAAUCGUGCACUUGUUAAAUUAGAACGAGCAAAAGAAGAAAUUAUUAAACUUUUAAAACCAGCUGCCGAAGGCGAAGAUGAUUUGAAAAAGAAACAACUAAUGGAAUUAGCCAUUAUUAAUGGUACAUAUCGUGAACCAAAUUUAUUUCAAAAAAAAAUUCAUAUACAAUUUCCAAAUAAUCGCAUGCAAAUAGGUGCACCAUUGAUAUUGACACAACGUAUUCAACAGAAUAUAUUAGCUGCUCAAUUGAAUCCAGGGGGAAAUGCUUCGCCAGGUGGUCAUACAAUGUUUACAACAUCACCUGUUCAUCAACAGCAACAAACUCUACAAGCGACACAAGGCAUGCCACAAGGUUCACUCAUUCAAACAGCAAAUGGUGACCAAAAUUUUGUUCAUUUAUUUACGCCACUUCAAUCAUUAGAUCAAGUAGCUCUUUCCGGUGCACAGUUAUUCGAAUAUCAACCGACACAUAUCGAUCCAAAUCAAGCAGCGUUUCCAUUUUUAACAACACCAGCAGGUGCCAGUAUUAGCAGGGCUACAACAGCCCCUUCAGCUCGAUAUCAACCGUAUCCGACGGUUGCUCAACGAACAAAUCGAACAUGA